ACGAGGGAGUUGCGUUCUCGCAAACCUCCGAGUCAGCGGAGCAAAUCGCAUUCGACGGAAUUGGCAGCGAGACUGUGCUUGCGCCGAGCGAGGUCCACGCAGCUGGUCAGUUGUUGGCAUUGCAAAAGUCGCGCAGCCACUUGUUGAAAGUCAAAUUAGAGGGCACCGACUCUGGGCAGCAGAAUAAGGAAAAGGCUCGCAGACGGAAGAAGAAAGUUUCGAGUGAUCCCCCAUCACCAGCUCCAUCAUCUCCUCGCAGUCAGGAAAGUGUUAACACCUUAAAUAUGGGAGAGGUACCUCAAGCUCUACCGUCACCUGAGAAGGAAGCUGUUGGUAGACGACCAUCGUCUGCGGAGAGCAGCGGCAAGAGUGCUGGGAAGAAAGCCUCCAAGAAGAAGAAUGUUGAGCCCAAACCUGAAACAUGGAAACGGCCACUUUCAAUGGGCGAGGCCGACCUGAAGGCCCUGGACGAACACAAGCACAAGAUUCUGAACGAAACAAAGAACGUGUCGUCCUUUGUGGUCAUCGGACAAACCCUUCACGAGGUGUACUACGAGCAAAAGCGGAUGAAGACACAAAAGGAGUUUCUGGAAUGGACGAAGGCCCAACUUGGAUUCUCGAAAUCGACGACAUACGAAUACAUCAUCUCAUACCGGAUAUACUCCGACAUUGCCUCAAAGCUACCUGCGCAAUUCCGACCGCCAAUGUACCAAUCACAUUGCCAGUUGCUAUCCAAGGUUCCGGCCAAAAAGCUCGUGGAUACCUGGAUCGAUGUGUGUACGAAUGCACCUAACGGAGUCAUCACCACUGCGUUCCUCGAACACUUCUUGGAGAAAAACAACCUGAAGGUCCCCAAGUCUCGAGUAACAUCCAACGGCGACCAAGACGACACCAAGAGUGAGAUCACGAAUAUCGACAGAUCAUUAUCAGACCUGACCCCUCUUUCGCAAGACCAAGCAAGCGUGUUCAGCGAACCCAAGGCCGAGCCACCUACACGAACGCGGAAGGCAUCUGCGAAAUCUACACCUCGCAAGUCAUUGUCAGCAGGUGACGAAGGGAAACGGGCCACCCGCCGGACAGCCAGCGGGAAGAAACGGAGUCGGGAAGAAGACGAUGACUCGGACUACCACGUAUCUCCCCGCAAAAAGCAUAACGACAGUCCCAUCAAACACAAGCCCUCGCCCCAUCGCAACGACUUCCGCGCUGUUUCCGCUCCUCCGCCGUUAUCAUUGGCCGCCCCCGAUGUCGUUCCUGUCCUCCUAUCCCCGCCAAUGGACGCAUCUCCAGACGAGUCCGCAGAGGUGAACGCGGACAAUGCGCGUCCACGGAUACCCUUCAGCGAUGGCGUCAUCUACGAGCUCUGCAUGUCUGUUAUCGGCAAUCAGCGUUUCGACGUCGUGCUGCAAACGAUCCAAGACUUCAAAGACGCAGAAGGCAAACCAUGGCCCGGUCGCCUGUGGUGCAACCUAUGCGGCAUCCGACCUUUCUCCACGACCAUGAUCUACAGCGGCGCAUCCCCAUCGGUGCGUCAGAUCUCAUACGUGUGCGGCCUGGAGCGACUCCUAGAAGUCAUCUUCACGAAGUUCGCCAACAAGGAGUUCUCCGAAGGCCUGUUCCUCAUGAAAGCCGAGUUUGGAGCGGACUGGUUCACCCCGAUAUUGCAACACCCGUACUGCAUCUUACCCAACAACAACGAGCCGACCUACCGCGCACACCCUCGCCCGUUCUCCACCCUCUCUGAAAACGGAGAUGGCGUGAUGGAUACCGAGGAAGAGCAGGUGCUGCAUUCACCGUAUGAGAGCUAUAUUGUGUUUUACCUGGGGCCGAAUGUUAAGGACUUUAUUUCCGUGUUUCGGACUGCUGGGCUGAUUCCUGGGGUAAACAGUUGGUCCGCCGUAAUGGACGUCCCAAGCAUCCCCGGCAUCUUCAUCCCCGCCCCGAUACCCGAACCCGAACAUGGACAUGAACGCGAAGAGCAACCUGCGCCCAUGGACGAGGAUGAGAUGGAGACUGACAGCGCCACCGCCGAUCUCGCCCACUUACCCCCGGCAUUGAGCGAAGCCGCCUCGGCGUUGGUCGAAAUUGCGCGCGUGGUGCCUAAUGCGCCUGAGGCUGCUGCACAUGCGGCAUUGGAGUCGGCUUCUGAGGAGGCGCAUCCGCCGUUGGAGCCGGAUAGCGGUGUUGGUGCGGGAGUGAAUGGGGGUGCGGAGUCGGAACCGGUGGAGCAGCAUAAGAUUACUGAGGAAGGGAAGGGAGUUGAGCAGAUGGCUUAGCAGUUGCCAGGUCGUUCGUUCACUUGUCCCACAGUCUCAAGAAAAUUCGGACGCUUUCACCUGCCCACCCCCUUUCUAAAACCCCAUGGCGGUGCACACAAAAACGUUCAUUGAUACCCAAUCCACCCUCACAAGGACGGAAUCAACCCC